UCUUCAGUCAGUUGACUUUUGGCUAAGAUGCACAACAGACGUUUCUACACAUUGAAUAAACGCGCGCUAUGAAGAAAAUUUGGUGAAAAAGAAAUAUUAAAGUGGAAAAGCAUAUUAAACUGAAUGGGCGCAUAUGAAAAAAAAAAUAAAAUAAAAGUAGAUAAACUGCAGAAUGCUCUCUAUAAAAUUAUAUAUUAUGUGCAUUUAAAGUAUGUGAGUGUGUGUAGCAGAAAGCCAAGGAAUGUUGUCGAAUAUUGAAUAUAAAGUGAAAACUCGAUAAUAUUUACAAGUGCAAACAAUGUGAAAACCAAAACCGAAAUAACUGAAAAACAGCGAAAACAGAAACUAAAUUGAAACAGUGAAAUGAAAACGAAAACAAAUUUUUCGCAACACACGGAUGUGAUAGUGACGUGUCGAUACUACAAAAGGAAAACAAAGAAUUCACUGACGAAAAUCAAAAACAGUGCAAAAUAAGUAACCAAAACAACACAGCAAAAUCAAUGUAAACAAAAAUAAGAUAAAAAAUAAAAACAGCAGAGAUAACAUCAAAGCAGUGCAGGCACAAAAGAGCAAUGAAGUAAAUACUACAAAAAGCAGAGGAACAAGACUGAGCAACCGCUACGUGGAAUACACACAACAACGAAGUAGGCAAAGAAAACUGGCCUUGACGUGAAAACAGCCAACUGUGCGUUAGAAAUUAACUGAAGGCCUACACAGUGACAGUAACAGCAACAACAAUUCUUUAUAAGAACAACGAAACUGUGCCACAAAAUGUAUUUCCGCCGCUAUUGGCAUUGGCACAGCUAUGCUAGCCACGCAGCCAUUUGGCUAUUUUGGCUGACUUUUGUGAGUGUGCAACAGCAGCGGUUUUAUGGUGAUGGCUGCUCAGCGGCUACACUUUACGCCGCACAGCAACAAAAUACUCAAAUAUUCCAGAAACAUUCGUCACCACGCCGGCUGACACAAGCUGACAGCAGCGAUUGCAGCGAACAGAUGGUGAAAAUCGACGGCGCGUUAUUGUUGCCACCUAAACAAACGGCAACAGCAAUAACAACAACAACUCAUGCAACAAUAAUGACUACCCCGCGGCAAGUUGUUGGUGAUGUCGUGACAGAAGCAAUUCCAAUGCUUGCGCCCAUGUUGCGCGACAAGACGGCGGCGGAAAUGCCAUUCGCCACGCCGCCGGAACUUGACAGCGAAAGUGAUGAGCGCCUAGUGACCGUCGAGGAUAGCAAUGAAGUGGCAAUAACAAAAGCAAACGCGAAUAUCAAUGGGCCGCCUUUGAAGUUCACCAACUCGUUUACAACGGUGGCUGGAAGCGGUGCUGGCGCGAAAAAAGAUAAUACCACUAAAAGCUAUAACAGCAACACAACAAUGAUAGCAGCAAUGAAAAUACGUGUAAAGCCAAAAAUAGCGGCAAUGAAAAGGGAAGUGACCGCAAUACCAAAAUUCCAAAUAUCCUCCAUAACACAAACACUACCAAUAACAACAACAACAAUGCCAACACCACUUCCGUUUGCUGGCAGCAGCACCACUACGACCACAACAAGUCAAACAGCUAAACAACUCGUUGCGAAGAAUUUAAAGCACUCCAAAUAUGCCAUUAAUGCCGAUCAUUUGGCGUACGAUUUCAGAGCAAAUGUAGCAAAUUUGUUUGCAAACGAUAGCGCAGCUGUGCGAACUGGAAGCUCUCGCAGUGCCGAUGAAUUUAAAAAUAGCAAACGGAAUAAUGAACUGCCUAAUAGAAAUGUACAUGAAAACAGCGAAAACAACAAUAACACCCCGAUUGUGACUGGCAAGCCAACUUCGAACGGCAGAAAUAGGAAAAGCAAAAACAAUGCUAACAACAAGCAUAAUAACAGUGUCAACAAUCUCAAUACAGACGGCGAGCAGAGGUUGUCCACGAGUGUUGUGUCCAAUGCUAAUUCUGCUGCUAUCGCCUUAAGUGCAAAUUUAUCUGAUGACCUAUUAGUUAAACCUGCUGUUUCGAGCCGUGAUGACACAAGCAACAACAACAAUAGUAACAGUAAUGGCAAAAGUGAUAUCCAUAACAAGCAAUCGAAAGCACCGCACAGCAAUGAACGCCGUCACAUCGUACCGGAAAAGUUGCAAUACACUAAAGAGAUACGAAUGAAGCAAGGACGUCUAAUGGGCAUCACUCGUCAUUUUCAUCCCUCGACCGGUUUACGUGAUGUCGAUCAGUAUCUGGGCUUGCCGUAUGCAGAGGCGCCUGUGGGCAGUCGCCGAUUUAUGCCACCAGGUGCGCCAUUGCCUUGGCAAGGAUUGAAAAUGGCCCGUCAUUUGCCACCGGUCUGCCUGCAGCAGUUGCCCGAUGUCACGGCGCAGGGAAGUGUGAAAAUGUCACGCGGUCGUUACAAGCAAUUGACACGCCUGUUACCCUACCUGAAGACGGAGAGUGAAGAUUGUCUUUACUUGAAUGUGUAUGCGCCGCGUGUGGAUGGUGUGUUUGACGCGUCCAACGCCUACGAUAUGGACACACAAUCCGCAAAACGUUUACCGGUAAUGGUGUACGUGCAUGGCGAAUCUUUUGAGUGGAAUAGCGGUAAUCCUUACGAUGGUUCAGUGCUCGCCAGCUAUGGACAAGUCAUUGUUGUUACCAUCAAUUAUCGGCUCGGCGUGAUGGGUUUUCUGAAGCCCAGUAUUGAUGAGAAUACUGUUGCGAAUUUCGGACUACUCGAUCAAAUUGCCGCCUUGCAUUGGAUUAAGGAGAAUAUAGCGUCCUUUGGUGGCGAUAAGGACAGCGUAACGCUCAUGGGACACAGCACAGGCGCCGCAUGCAUCAAUUAUUUAAUGAUAUCGCCUGUUGCAUCCGGCCUCUUUCAUCGCGCCAUCCUCAUGUCGGGCUCGGCAAUGUCAGACUGGGCGGUCAGUAAUCAUUCGCUUCAGCUCACCAUGCAAAUCGCUCACACGCUCAAUUGUCCCCUAAACGAUGACAACGAGGAGAUGCUGUCCUGUUUGCGUGAAAAGCGCUAUCAGGACAUCUUAAAAAUACCAACAUCAUUUCCCCAAUUUUCAACUCCAUUGGGUCCAAUUGUCGAUGGCCAUGUGAUACCAAAUCAACCAUAUAAAGUGAUGGGACAAUACACUGAACACUUCAGUCGCUAUGAUUUAUUAUUUGGCGUCACAGAGUCCGAAUCGUAUCACACGCUGGGCGCAUUAGCACUCGAAGAAGGAUUACGUGAAAAUGAGCGCGAUAAUUUAUUGCGUUUCUAUAUGCAGACACGAUUUGAUGUUCGACCCGAUCUAGCAUUGGCUGCCACGCUCAAGAAAUACGAGGAUAUGUAUAACAAUCCCACGAAGGGCACUAAUUCGGAACAUCGUGAUGUUGUACUCGAUAUACUCUCGGAUGCACGCGUGGUAGGACCUCUAAUGCAGACCGGUUUAUUUCAUGCUGAUGUUAAUCGUCGCAAUUAUAUGUAUGUCUUUGGGCAUAACAGCGCCACGGGACCGCAUGCCAAUUUGCCGCACAGCAUAACGGGUGAAGAGUUGGCCUUCAUUUUCGGUGCACCACUUGCUCCGGCUGGUUACUUCCCUAGCAGUUCGUAUGGCGCACAGGAGAAGCUGCUCUCCGAAGCAGUGAUGACGUACUGGACAAAUUUCGCAAAAACUGGCAAUCCGAAGGCGCCAUGGAAGGGUAGUUUCAUCAAUUUGCAUGCGCUGGAAUGGGAUCGGUAUGAUCUUGAUUGGCCGGAAUUCAAUAAACGAACACAAUCCUAUAUGAAUAUUGGCAUACCACCAACGAUUGGUUACAAGUACCGACAAAUCUAUAUGAAUUUCUGGAACAAAGAGUUGCCCGAUGAACUGAACCAAAUUGCGAACAUACAACGGCAACCGUAUUUGCAUACAACCCUGUACAAUGGAGCCGAUAGUGUCUUUGCUACGAGUAGCGCCACUGCAGCUACGCAGCAUACCUAUCAGGGGCAGCGGCAUGGUGGUGGCGAAGUAAUAACCGGUCAUAUGAGUCAAUUUGGCACACGUGAUAAUGGUGCCGAGGAUCCAGUGCGCACAUUGAAACUACUGCUACAGGAACCGUGGAAAUUAGGUGACAAAAAGGAGAGUGGUGGUGGCGGCAGCACCAGUGAUAUGAGCGCGACAGGCGAUACCUUUGCGGAGAAUAUGUACAAUGCGCCACCGACUUUCGGCAUGACAAAACAGGCGAACGACGAACAGGUCUAUACAAUGACCGCGAAUGGUGUAAUGGAUGGGCUAGCUGGUAUUCGUAGAGUAGGCGGUAUUGCCAGAAUAAAUGACUUGGGUGGUUUUAGCGAAAUUGGCAUUGGCUCUGGCGCAACGCUGGCUGGCGGCAGUGCAAUUUAUGGUGUGCCAAAAGCAGAUAUUGCAGAGUAUGGCAAUGGUAUUGAUGGUGCUGGCGACGGAGGUGGUGGUGGCAGUGGUGGCAUAGGUAAUGAUGCGGGCAGCAGCGCUGUCGUUGGUGACGAAGCUAGCACUGGUAACAAAGAGGAAGUUGCCAAAUCAGAGACGACAAUACAACUACUCAUCGGACUGAUUGCCGUCUUCAUUGUGCUUAAUGUCAUCAUUUACUCGACAUUCUUGCUGCAGAGGAAGAAGAAAGCGCACUCAAUGCAACGAAAGUUGGGUGGCAUACUCAGUUACGAUGCCACCACGGACGAUGAAUUCAAGCGCUCGAAGCAAAAUGACGGCGAUGAGAGCUACAUUUUAGACAUUGUACGCAAAUCGAACACUUACGAAGCAGUUAAAACAGAACGUACCCCGAUAAAUGGCUUUCAAAUGACACGCCAACUGAGCACCUCCACUGUAGAUACGCAUACCAAAGUGUGUGCUUGGAUGUCUGCUGCAGCUGGCGUUGCUGCCGAUGCAAAAGCAUGCGUCGGUGGGGGCGGUGCGGACAGCUCAAAGGGUGGUUCGAAAAAAUCUUCCUCGCCCACAUUUUCAUCGUUACGCAGCAGCAGCGCAGGUGGCAGUUUCAAGCAGCCAUUGGGUUCGCAGAAAGUGAGCGUCGGAGUUGAUGCCACACCAUCGGCACGCAGCAGCAGCAUAUUGGAGCAGGAACCGAUUGAGGUGCACAAAAUAAAGUCAGAUGGGCGCAAUAUAAUUAUCUGCCAGGAGGUAGAAGUGACCGAUCAGGAUUUGCUCACCCCGCAGAACUCGUUGGAUAGCUCACGUUAUGCGCUUACCCGCCAGCAUUCGGCCGCCACUGAGCCAUGUGAGGCGGAAUUGCCACAGCAGGGCCAAUUACCACCAUACAUGCCAGUGCCGCAGCAUGCGCACUCACAUUCGGACCCCGUAGAUAUGCAGCACUACUACAGUAGUAUGUGCGAUACAAUUGAAGAGAAUGAAAAGGUGACCAGUUUUCUGGGAGAGGAUGUAAAUGUCACCAGUCGUGAUGAUAAUGAUGAUGAUGCUGGAAUUGCAAGCGCAUGCCGUACACCGGCGCAGCAACUACAAGUUAUCAAAAGUCGUAAUUAUCCCAAGGUUUUGCCAACAACCAAUGCAAAUAUCGAAUUUCAUGCCGAUCCUAAUGACUCGCCGCCCAUGACUCUGGACUUGCGCACCACUAAUAAACGCAACUCAUUGCCGCCUAAUAGCUUUUUGCCGCACUUCAGCAGCACACUAGGUGCCGGUGGCACUAUGGGUGCACGUUAUCCACCACUUCCGCCACCACGCACCAUCUCCACGCUUGGACGGCGACCUUCGGCGCGCCGUAAUAGCAGUAAUAUCACCACAUCGCCAUUAAUGCUGGCACACGAUUGCACAGCCGAGGAGGAAGACGAGCCGCCAAUCACGCAGAAUACACUUAUCGUGGGUCCCAUAGUGCCGCAACAGAAGCAGAAGACGCAGACGGGCGCCAGCGGUGAUGCUAAUUACUCGACGCUUAAGCGCGCUGAGCCCACCGCAAUUGACAGGGCGCCCUUUAAUAGCCUGACAAGCAUCAGAGCGGAAGACGACACAAGCGCGGCAGCAACAAAACUUAUGCAUAGUUAUUCGGAAGCAUCAUUAACGCCGGCCAACGCUCAAGUCGGCUCAAAGUCGAACGCCAUGACGCCAGGUGGUGUUGCUGGUGUGACGACAUUCUUAAGUAACGGUGAUGCUGCGGGCUUGCAAAGCUUCGAAAGCCGUCCGAUUUCCGUCGAAAUGGAAGACAAAUUGCAGCGCAAACAACAACAAACCAAAGAGAAACUUACACACCACACGGAGCGUAUUUAUGCGAUACAACAGCCAACUAAUUUGGCGUCGACAUCAAAUGACGGCGUGACAGCAACAGGUAUGGCAAAUGCAUUAACACCAACGCUAAUUACACCGACAUUAAUGAAUUUGGCAGGCCAUCAAAAUGGCGGUGUACGCAAUAAUAUAAUGACUACCAGGGGUAACAACAACAACAGCAAUAUUGCAAUUACUACUGACAUUACUGAUAUUUAUGCACAACCCAAUAAGUCGAAAUCUAAAGCGAAAUCGAAUUUGACAGCAUCAGGAAAGACAAUGCCCAACGAACAAUCGACAAUAGCAGCAGCACCCUCACAACAUAUCAAGUCACCCCGGAUAGGCGGCAUUACCGCUACACACGAUGACAAAGCUAAAACUAACUCGCUAACAACGACAGCAGCAACAACUAAAAUUACAACCGGUUCAGGUGCAACGGAAUUGACAAACACUGGCGUCGACGACAAAGCGGUGACAGCUAUGAGCAAGCAAACAAUGGAAUCUGCGACAGCAGCAGUGGUACAGAAAGCUCCUGCCACGGCUAACGACAUAAGUGCAACAGUAAGUAAAGCGGGCGUACACUCAUGCAUGCCGCAAAUGCCAUCGAGUGAAGUCUGUUCUGGCGACAGCAUACAAGCACGAUUAGAGCCAAAGCAAACCGAACAACGGCAACAAAGCAUACCGGCAGCAGCCUUGACAAAACACGGCGUAAACGGUGGUACAGCAAAAACAGCAGCAACAGAGUUACGCGUACCUGUCAAUUGCACGUCAGCCAUUGCGACAGCGACAACGCCAACCGCAACAAGGACAAUAGCAGAUGCCAUUGCCGCACAGUUGGCGCAAACAAAGCCUUUAAAGGCAGCUUUGGCGCCCGGCGCACAGAAAACAUCAACAGUCGACGGCAGUGUCAGCAGGCAGGCAAGUUUACGUGACUCCUGUAUGAGUUCAGUCUCAGCGCGUUCAACAGAUUCCAGAUCGUCCUCGGCGUGUUCGACGUCCUCGGCAUCCACAGUAUCAUCGAAUGACUCCACUGCAACGGGCACGUCUUCUACUUCUUCUUCAUCGUCGACGGGCACUGUACGCACUGAACUGCAACAAAAGAUUAGUGGCAAUGGACGGCCAACACAAAUUUAAUACCAACAAACGGCUACAAACAAGCAAUCAAUGAAAGGAGUACUUACACAACAACAAGUAGAACAUCAAAAGCGCAAACAACUAAAAAUAACAAUCACAAUGUGCAGACAAGUAAACAAUGAAAUGGUGAGCAGGUGAAUUGUGUCGUUGACAGCGAAAAGUGUAUGGACCAAGAAGAAGUUUUGGAAAAGUUUGUAUUUAAUGAAAUUACGUAUACGCCAUGUAUGCAACACCAUGCAAGCGCACAACACAAUGCAAUGCAAUGGACGAAUGUAGCGUUGUCAAAAUGUGUGUAGUUUUAUGUGUGUUAAGCAUUUAGUUUAGAUGAUUUUAGUGCAGAGUAUUCAGCUAGCAAGCGGCAAAUUGACGAAGACAAACUUUACACAUUAAAAUCAAGCGUAGGCGGGUGCAAUUACUUGCAAGCACAUAUAUACGUAUAUAUAAAUUUGCACAUCGGUGCUUAUAUAUUAGUUAUAAGUGAAACAAUUAAAAACAAAAACAAAAUUAUAUA